GUUGUCCUGCUACGUCACGCAGGAUGGGAUAUAAAUAGGCGAGGCUCCCCAGCAGCUGACAGUGAAGUUUCCUCCACCGACACGACACAAUGAACGCCAAGAUCCUCCUCCUGCUGGGUGUAGUGGCCGUGGCUGCUGCUGAUAGGCGCCCCUCCUUCUCCUACUCAGCUCCUCGGGCUUCAUCUGAGGAGAGCGGUCCUGCUCAGUACAACUUCAAUUGGGCCGUCAACGACGACUCCUCAGAGAACGACUUCGGUCACCAGGAGACGCGGGACAACGAUAACACCAAGGGGUCGUACUCUGUGCAGCUUCCCGACGGUCGUCUGCAGACUGUGACUUAUUACGUGGACGGUGACUCAGGCUACAUUGCUGAUGUCAAGUACGUCGGAGAGGCUCGCUACCCUGACUCUGAUGAAGUCAGGUCCUACACCCCACCCAGACGCCAGUACAAUUAAGACUAUAACUCGUCCAGCAGAGGACACGUUCCUCGAAUUUGUCCCAGACGAAAACACCUGAACUUGCUAAGUAAUUUAUUUAAUUCUUCUCAAAUGACAAAUAUCGUUUCUAGUACAAAAGCUACAUGUAAUUCUUAUUUAUUGAAGCUCUUCUUUUAUAUAUGUGAAAAGUGAAAAAUAAAAUCAUAAUCAUUCA